UUGACAUACUUAUGAAGAAGAACCGGCAAGAAAACUCGAGAAAAAGGUUAGAAGGUCUAGUUUUAAAUAUGACCUAAAUCAUGUUUUUUUUUUGUUCCAGAAUUAAAAAUGGCGCAACUGUACCUAGCUCUCACCAUCGUCACGCUUCUGGCCAUCUCACACGACGUCAGCGCGAAACGUGGUUGUUCCGCAUUCGGGCACUCCUGCUUCGGCGGGCACGGCAAGAGGUCGGGUGACACCGCUGCUAUGGAUUUAUCCAGCCAGGACCUGGUGGCGCGCCACCAGCUCGGGCAGGAGGAGACGCCGCCGCACCCCGGCUACCCGCGCUCCGGAUACAACGUGCUGCCCUCUGGUGACGACAUCAUUCCUAUUAGGGAUGGAGGCCUCUACGAUCGGGAGGAAGGUGCCACCCGAGAGGCAAUGCAGCUGAAACUUCGAAACAUCUUCAAGCAUUGGAUGGAGAACUACAGGCGAUCACAGCAAAACCCCGACGACGGUUACUACAUUGAGAACUUGUAAAUUAUUCCAUUCCUAAUAAUUAUAUUUGACACAUUAAUGACAUUAACCAAUAUCUAACAAACUACCUACCUAUCCGAGAUAAGCUCGAUUUUCAAA